AUGCAGGACCUCCUGUCAGUCGCAGUCAUUUCUCCGGCAUGCAGCUAUCACACAACUGCUGUCUACGUGCAAUUUGGAGUAGAGGUUCCAGUUGAGCCACAGCCUGCCUCCGUUUCCUCCGCCUCUCUUGAACAUAUCCAAAUUUUGUUAUAUUGGUUAAUUCUACAUUUCUUCCUUCCUUUCUUCGUUUCUUUUCUUCUUUCUUUCUUCUUUUUCUUUCUUUUUUGUUCCUUCUUUUUCACCCUACCUUUCAUUUUUUUCGUGUUUCCUUCCUUCCUUCCUUCCUUCCUUCCUUCCUUCCUUCCUUGUUCUUUCCUUCCGUUCAUUUUCCCAUACUUCCUUCCGUUCAUUUUCCCAUACUUCCUUCCGUUUGUCCGUCUUUCUUUCUUCUUUCCUUUGUUUUUCCUUUCCUUCCUUCCUUCCUUCCUUCCUUCCUUCCUUCCUUCCUUCCUUCCUUCCUCACUUAUUUCCUACUUUCCUCAGUUAUUCUUUCCUUUCGCCCAUUUUCCCAUUCUUUGUUCCGUCUGUCCGUAUUUCCUUUGUCCUUUCCUUUCUUCUUUCCUCGCAUCCGACUUUCUUUUUUUCUUUCCUUCCUUCCUUCCUUCCUUUCUUCUCUCCUUCCUUCCAUCUUUCCUCCCUUGUUCUUUCCCUCCGUCCAUUUUCCCAUACUUCCUUCCGACUUUCCUUCUUCUUUCCUUUCUUCUUUCCUUCUUUCCUUUGUCCUUUCCUUUCUUUCUUCCUUCCAUCCGACUUUCCUUCCUUCCUUCCUUCCUUCCUUCCUUCCUUCCUUCCUUCCUUCCUUGUUCUUUCCCUUCCUCCAUUUUUUUCCAUCCUUCCUUCAGUCCGUCCGUCUUUCCUUCUUCCUUCCUUUGUCCUUUCCUUACUUCCUUCUUUCCAUCCGACUUUCCUUCCUUCCUUCCUUCCUUCUUCCUUCCUUCCUCACUUCUUUCCUUCUUUGUUCUUUCCUUCCAUUUAUUUUCCCAUUCCUUGUUCCGUCUGUCCGUCUUUCCUUCUUCUUUCCUUUGUCCUUUCCUUUCUACCUUCCUUCCAUCCAAUUUACUUUCCUUCCUUCCUUCCUCCCUUUUUUCCUUCCUCACUUUUUUCCUUCUUUCCUCCCUUGUUCUUUCCCUUCGUCCAUUUUCCCAUCCUUCCUUCCGUCUGUCCGUCUUUCCUUCUUCUUUCCUUUGUCCUUUCAUUUCUUCCUUCCUUCUAUCCGACUUUCUUUCUUUCUUUCUUUCUUUCUUUCUUUCCUUCCUUCCUUCCUUCCUUCCUUGUUCUUUCCCUCCGUCUAUUUUCCCAUUCUUCCUUCCGUCUGUCCGUCUUAUCCUUCUUCUUUCCUUUUUUUACCUUUCUUCGUUCCUUCAAUCCGACAUUCCUUCUAUCCUUCUUUCCUUCCCUCCUUCCUUCCUUCUUUCCUCCCUUGUUCUUUUCUUCCGUCCAUUUUCCAAUUCUUCCUUCCGUCUGACUGUCUUUCCUUCUUUCCAUUGUCUUUUCUUUCUUUCUUCCUUCCUUCCAUCCGACUUUCCUUCCUUCCUUCCUUCCUUCCUUCCUUCCUUCCUUCCUACUUUCCUCCCUUGUUCUUUUCCCUCCGUCCAUUUUGCCAUCCUUCCUUCCGCCUGUCUGUCUUUCUUUCUUCUUUCCUUUGUUUUUCAUUUCUUCCUUCCUUCCAUCCAAUUUACUUUCCUUCCUUCCUUCCUUCCUUCCUUCCUUCCUUCCUUCCUUCUUUUGUUCUUUCCUUCCGUCCAUUUCACCAUUCUUCCUACCGUCUAUCCGUCUUUCCUUCUUCUUUUCUUUCCUUCCUUCCUUCCUUCCUUCCUUCCUUCCUUCCUUCCUUCCUUCUUCCCUUGUUCUUUCCCCCCGUCCAUUUUGCCAUCCUUUCUUCCGCCUGUCCGUCUUUCUUUCUUCUUUCCUUUGUUUUUCUUUUCUUCCUUCCUUCCAUCCAAUUUACUUUCCUUCCUUCCUUCCUUCCUUCCUUCCUUCCUUCCUUCCUUCCUUCCUUCCUUCCCUUGUUCUUUCCUUCCGUCCAUUUUACCAUUCUUCCUUCCGUCUGUCCGUCUUUCCUUCUUCUUUUCUUUCUAUUUUCCUUCCUUCCUUCCUUCCUUCCUUCCUUCCUUCCUUCGGUCCAUUUUCCCAUCCUUCCUUCCGUCUGUCCGUCUUUCUUUGUUCUUUCCUUUGUUUUUCCUUUCUUCCUUCCUUCCUUCCUUCCUUUCUUCCUUCCUUCCUUCCUUCCUCACUUCUUUCCUUCUUUCCUCCCUUCUUCUUUCCCUCCGUUCAUUUUGCCAUCCUUCCUUCCUUCCUUCCUUCCUUCUUUUGUUUUUCCUUUCUUCCUUCCUCCCAUCCGUCUUUCCUUUCUUCCUUCCUUGUUCUUUCCUUCCGUCCAUUUUCCCAUUCUUCCUUCCGUCUGUCCGUCUUUCCUUCUUCUUUCCUUUGUCCUUUCCUUUCUUCCAUCCGACUUUCUUUCUUUCCUUCCUUCUUUUUUCAUCUUUUCCCCUCUCUUCCUUCCUUCCUUCCUUCCUUCCUUCCUUCCUUCCUUUCUAUUUUCAUUUCUUUCUUUCUUCUUUCCUUCUAUACUUUCUUUCCAAUCUUCUUUCAUUCUUUCUUUCUUUUUCCUUUUCCCUUCUUCCUUCCAUAGCGUUUCUUUCUUUGUUUCUUCUUUUCUUUCCGAUCAUUUUUUUUCUUCCUUUCUUUUCGUUGUUCCUUUCUUUCUACCUUCAAUUUUUUUGGUCUUUCUUUCUUUCUGUUUUCUUUAUUUCUUUCUUUCUUUCUUUCUUCCAUUUUGGUAUUUUUCUUUCUUUAUUCUUACUGUUUACUUUUCUUUCUUUCUUUUUUUUCUGUCUUUUCCUUCUUUUCUUUUCGAUCUUUCUUUCUUUCUUACUUUCUUCAUUCCUUCCCUUGUUUUCGGUCUUUCGUCCUCCCCCUUUAUUCUUUCUUUAUUUCUCUCUUUCUUUCUUUCUCUCUUUCUUUUUUCCUUCUUUCUUUCUUUCUUUCUUUUCAUCUAUACUCUUCUUUUUCUUUCCAUCUGUAUUUCUCUUCAUUCUCUUAUGUCUGUUCCAUUCUUUCUUUCUUCCGUAUAUUCUUUCUUGA